CACUUCUUUUCUGACGUACGGGGAGCCAAACUUCUCUCUCUCUUUCCAGCACUUUCUGGUUUCUUCUCUCCAACGGUCUGUUCUGCUGACUGACAACAUCCACUCCAACCCUGCGGAGGAUAAACCUCUCCACCUCUCCUUAUUUCUUCUGCUUCUUUCGCUCUGAGUGGAUCUGUAAAACUUUUUGUGGGGGGGGAAGAGAAGAGAAAGGAAGAGAGGAGUUGGUGGGUUGAACCUGCACCCUUUUGGACUGCUGUCACUGUCUUUGUGUGCAUUUGUGUAUGAGUGCGUGUGUAUGUGUGCGUUAGUCAGUAUGCCAUGUCGUCCCCUGGCUCGUCGUUUGUGCAGAUAAAGCAUGAGGAUCUGCUCUUCUAUGAGAACUGUGGAGGAGGGAGCUUUGGGAGCGUCUACAGAGCCCUCUGGAUUUCUCAGGACAAGGAGGUGGCUGUGAAGAAGCUUCUGAAGAUCGACAAAGAGGCUGAAAUUCUUAGCGUCCUGAGUCAUAAGAACAUCAUUCAAUUUUAUGGAGCCGUGCUGGAAUCUCCCAACUAUGGCAUUGUCACAGAGUAUGCUAGUGGAGGAUCUCUCUAUGAGUACCUUUCCAGUGAGCAGAGCGAGGAGAUGGACAUGGAGCAGAUCAUGGCAUGGGCCAUACAGAUAGCCAAAGGGAUGCAUUAUCUCCAUGCAGAAGCUCCAGUCAAAGUCAUUCACAGAGACCUCAAGUCACGAAAUGUGGUGAUGACAGCAGACAAAGUGCUGAAGAUUUGUGACUUUGGGGCGUCUAAGUUCCUCUCCCACACCACACAUAUGACAGUGGUUGGCACUUUUCCUUGGAUGGCUCCUGAAGUUAUUCAGAGUCUGCCCGUCUCUGAGACCUGUGACACGUACUCCUAUGGCGUGGUGCUGUGGGAGAUGCUGACUCGGGAAGUUCCUUUCAAAGGAUUUGAAGGGCUGCAGGUUGCAUGGCUGGUAGUGGAAAAACAAGAGAGGCUCACCAUCCCCACCAGCUGUCCAGCAAGUUUUGCAGAGCUGAUGAAGAAAUGUUGGCAAGCAGACCCAAAGGAGCGUCCACACUUCAAACAGGUGCUGGUAACCCUGGAGACCAUGGCCAACGACAGCCGCUUACCGGACCAGUGUAACUCCUUCCUACAUAACAAGGACCAGUGGAGGUGUGAAAUUGAGUCAACCCUUGAGCGUCUUCGAAAGCUGGAGAGAGAACUUUACUCCAAAGAGAAAGAGCUGGAGGAGAGAGAGAGGAGGCUCAGACUGUGGGAGGAAAGGCUGAUGGAGAGAUCCAACAUGACUCCCAGCCCAACAUCCCUACUCAUGGAGCGCUCAAACAUCUCACCGUUUUUCUCCCCGAUGUCCAUUGGUUCCUCUGGCUCGUUCUUCCGUUCGCACUCUCAGGACUCCAACAGCGCCGGUUUGAGCAGUGCAGGUGUGAGCAGUGCUGGCGUUAGCUGUCUCCUCCGCACCCUCAGCAAUGGAGACACAGAGAGAGAGAGCAGCGCGGUGCUAGAGAGGGGGAUAGGCUCACUUGAUGGCGGAAGGCUGCACGCCAUGAUCCGAGGGUUGCAUGGCAGGUUCGAAAAUGAGGACGAAGAGGAGGACGAGGAAGAAGAAGGGACCCUGGAGGAGAAAAGCUGGGGGCAGAGGGAUAGAGAUGACAGUGGAGGAAGGGUGCAGGUGACACUCAGGAGCUUCCCGGGCGGAGUGGUGGAGAGGGAGGAGAGGACAUGGGGGGAUGGGGACAGGGAGAGAGGGGGGAUGCAGAGGAGCAGGGUGACCACCAUAGUCCGAGGAUUCUCAGGUGGGUUUGGAGAGGGGGAGGGAGAGAUGGAGAAAGAGGGAGGCUGGGAGAUAGAAAAACUUGGAGACAGGCUGGAGGAGAGAGGGAUGGAGGGAGGAAUAGAAGGAGGGAGGCUUCCUACCAUGUUUAAGGGUAUUCAUGGGAGUUUGGGGGGCUUGGGGGACAUGCUAUCCUUAGAAAUGAAUGACAUGGGAGACAUGGAGAGGAUGGGUGACAUAAACAUGGACAUGGGUGACCUGGGAGUCAUGAAAGUUGUAGGUCAAGGUGUCAGGAGUGAGGUGGAGCUCAGGGGACGCAGGAGUGACAUGGGCGUCAGGGUGCAGGGAGUCAGAGGUGACCUCAGUGAGGCCAUUAGCCAAAAGAUCAGAGGUGAAGUGGGAGUCAUCGGGCACUCAGGGGUACAGGUGAGCAUGCGGGCUUCGUCCAAUCAGAACUCUAUGAAGAGCUGCAGUGUGCGGCAUGGAACCAAGAUCAACAUGGCAUCUGCAGCCAUGGACAUGAUGGAGCUUGACUGGUCUGACAGCGACUAGAAAAUACACAAAGAGAAACACACACGCACAGAAAACACACAUAGAAAAACACACAGAGGCCAAACUAGACAGAGUUUGAUUGCACGUACAGUCUCUGAGCUGAAGUACGUGAAAAAAGAGCUGGUAUACACACUUUUUGAUAUUUUUUUUAUUGAACGGAUAAAUAUUAUACUCAUGUGUACUGUGAAGUAGGAUGGAGAGACAGAUUAGAUAUUGUCAGAAUGCCUUCACCUGUGUAAUUUAAUGUGCUAUUAAAACUGCUGCAUAACACACUGUAAGAGGUACAAGUGUUUGAAAAAUAACACACUUGAAUGCCGCUCUAAUGAUGUGAUGUUUUUUUUCCUGCUUAUAGAGUAUCUUUUAGUAUAUAGAUUUGAUUUGUUCAAAACAAGCUUUGACUCUUUCAGUUCUAACUGUGAUCUAGUGUGUGAAUUUUUGGCAUUUCUUCCUGUACAUUUUAUCAUUUUUCAAUAAAAGAAAAAUAAAGUCUGA